GCUCGGCGCGCUCCUAAAAGCUUGAGGACUCUUGUCAAAGUCUUGUCUGCACACCUCAUCAUACUUGGCUUCAUUGCUGUCGCUAUUACUCAGUCGCUCUCGAUGAUUUCAAUCUAUUUGUCACUGAACUUCCCGACUUACGAGAAGCCCAAGUUGCCGCUUUCGGUUCUAGAGUUCCCGACACCGAGCAUCGUCUACUCAUCGUUACGGCAAACUUGGUUUGGGAUUAAGCAGGAAGAAGUGCGAACAUCCACAUGGCAACGGAGAGACCGUGGUUCCGGAUCUUUUCGCCUUUUCAGCCAAGUGAAUCCACCAAGUUUGACUUGGCGGACCAUUCCAAUGCGUUGAGAUUGUGUGGUGGUAACAGCCUUGUCACCUGCCCGCCCCAGCUCUGGGGUUACAGCUGACGCCACGAGUCUCAGGCUGCCAGCCAACGCGCUCCAGCUCCCUCGGCUUGCGCUCUAGACUCGGACUUCCCUGGUAGAUGCAUGGCCAGAGAGACGGCAAGUUCGCGACCACCUACUCAAAGGACGGUGUGAUGGCGCUAAGGCGUUGCCUGGAUUGCCACGAUGUACCCACAGCAGCCUAUCACGACCAGUUUGGGUUUAUCACGCAAUAGCUUACUGCAACGAUAAGCUGGACGGCAGGAGGAACUUUUCGCAGAUAACACCCAUGCUCGUGGGUUUCUAGAAAACCUGCCACUUGCGGAUAGUUCUUAAAGACCCUGCCAGGAUCUCGCAGGCGUGAAUUUCUCCGCAUCCUUCAGCUCGCUCGCUAUCUCACUGCCUCGAGAAACAGCAGCGCACAAUGUCGAAGUCCACCUACGCCGACGAAAAGCAGGUCGAUCCCCUCUAUCCAGUUGUUGGCGAGGAUCAAAAUGGGACCGUCCCCUUCGAGGGCUUCAGUGCCUUGAUCGCCGAAGAUCACAAACAUGAGAUCAAGCUCCGGACUAUGUCCUGGCAGAAGGCAGCCUGGCUUCUUGCUGGCGAUCAGGUCUGUCUUGCUAUCAUGGCCCAAACGUGGUCGCUCUCAGUCUUAGGAUGGGUACCAGGCAUCAUCACUAUGGUUGGUGCAGGUAUCCUCUUUUGGAUCACCUCUAUUACCAUGCACAAAUACAUCAUGAAACAUCCUCAAAUAAGGGAUAUUUGUGAUUUUGGCUACUACGCCUUUGGCAGGAGUCGCAUCGCAUAUGAAUGGACUGGAUUCAUGUUGCUCGCCAACAACAUCCUCCUCAUUGGCUUCCACGUCCUCACCGGUGCCAAAGUCAUCAAUACCUUAUCGAACCACUCCCAGUGUACCGUCGUCUUCUCGAUCAUCGUCAUGCUCAUGGGCAUUGUUAUGUCAAUUCCUAGAACAUUACGUCACGUCUCAUUCAUGUCCAUGUUCUCAGCUGCCUGCAUGGCAAUCGCAAUUCUCCUCUUCCUGAUCUUCUCGGGUAUCGAAGCCCAUCCCGGUUUUGGCUAUUAUGGCGACUAUCCUGCUGCUGGAGAGGUCAGGACAUACCCUUUCCCUCUUCCUGGAACUACCUGGGUCAAUUGUCUAAAUGCCGUCUUGAAUAUCACGUUCCUUUGGGUGCCCCAGAUCCUGUUCCCAACCUUCAUCGCCGAGAUGGAGAAGCCAGAAGACUUCCCCAAAUCACUUGCCGUUCUCACAGUCAUUUCCGCCUUUUUAUUCAUCUGCCCUCCGGCUAUCGGUUUCCAUUACUUGGGCCAAUAUUCGACUGCUCCAGCAUUCGGCAGUUUGGGUGUCACGGCUUACAAGAAAGGCUCCUUCGCGUUCGUCAUUGUGCCUACACUCGUCAUCGGUGUGAUCUACGCAAACGUCACUGCCAAGUUUAUCUACUUCCGAGUCAUGGGCAAGUCUCACCAUGCCCACAGCAACACUGUCGUCGGGUGGGGUGUUUGGGUUCUGGUCAUGGCGGGUAUCUGGAUCAUCGCUUUCAUCUUCGCCGAAGUUAUCCCCAGCAUGGGAGACUUCCUCUCCCUCCUUGGAGCAGCGUUCGACUCGUUCUUCGGCUUCAUCUUCUUUGCAGUGGCGUACUACCACCUGUACAAGGGGAGACUGUUCCAUGGUGUCUACAGAUCCAUCAUGUCGGUUAUACACGUGUUCGUCAUGUUUGUCGGGCUUUUCUUGCUUGGACUUGGGCUCUAUGCUGCCGUCAAGGCUAUCAUUGCUGACUACUCGGGGUCUACGACGCCUGCAUUCAGCUGCGCCGAUCUGUCCAUCUAGACGAAGCCAUUAGUCGAUAGAAAGAUCGAUCUGAGAUUGCUGCUUUCUGUGAGCAUCUGCAGGGCAAUCGAUCAAUAUACAAGUCUAGAGAUAAACAACUAUUGACCAAACUGACCAAUUUAUGCCCAACCUGGCCAUGCGUCUUUGAUAGUAGUUAUAUUAGAAGAUAUUGCUUGCAUGGAUGCUCAAUAAGACUGUACCA